GCAUGCUCUCCGCCCACGUCCCGCUCUUGUGAGGAACAUGGCUCCUUCGCUGCUGCUGCUGUCGCUCCCGUGGCCAGUGCGUUCCGGACCGCUACAUAGGUGCUGGGAGCUGCUGCAACGGCAACUGAAGCAGACAUGGAGUGGCUUUGCCAGUCCUCAGUGGGCACCAGCACUAGCAGUCCAGAGCCCAUCCACCCUCACGGAGCUAGCAUAUGAUACCAGUAAAAAUAAAGAGAAUUCCAGCUUUUUAGAUAGUAUCUUUUGGAUGGCAGCUCCCAAAAACAGACGCACCAUCGAAGUUAACCGAUGUAGGAGAAGAAACCCUCACAAGCUUAUUAAAAUUAAGAACAAUAUAGACAUUUGCCCUGAAUGUGGUCACCUGAAGCAGAAACACGUCCUUUGUGGCUAUUGCUAUGAGAAAGUAAGCCAAGAGACAACUAAAAUCAGACAACAGAUAUGGGCUCAAGAAGGGGGACCUUUCAAAGCUCCUUCCAUCGAGACUGUGGUACUGUACACAGGAGAGAAACCAUCAGAAAAGGAUCAGGGCAAGAGGAUUGUUGAACGAAACAUAAAGAGACCAUCGUGGUUCACCCAGAAUUGAGCUAAAACCUUUAAAAAGAUAAUUUAAUAGUAAGGCAGUCUUCACUUUAAUGUUGUGCCUGCUUUCAAAUUAUCAUCGUAUUUUGAAAUGGAUUUUGUUAGCUGUUAUUUUUAAAUGAGGUAAUUUGAAGACUGUAUCAUGAAUAAACUAAGCACGUUUAUGUAAGG